AAUGAUGCUCGACUGAAGAAAGGAGCUUCUUGUGACUCAAACAGCCGCUGAACGCGCCCGAGACUCGGGUUAAAACAACUGUCCCUGCGCGUCCUCCCUCUUCACGUCACCAACCACUGGAUCUACCGGUCCGCGGAAGUCGGCGAAUUAAAACCCCGCGGAGCUUGCGCAAUGUUUUGAACCAGUUUUUUCGUUAUCAGUGAACCCGUGAGCUAGCUUGAGGCUGCUAACCCGGUGUGUGUGUGUGAGUAAGAAAGUCAACCAGUCUCAACAUGGACACCAGUUAGCUGCGAGGUGCUUUUUAAAGUUUUUCUGGGGCCGACAUGUUUGCUUGUUUUUCAACGAGAGAACAACGAAGGUGUCGGAAGCUCAGAGAAACUUCCCCAUGACGCAGAAACAACCCAAACAGCUGCUGUGCUGAUGUGAGGAGGAGGAGGAGGAGAAGAAGAAGAGUCAGGUGGACAACAUCAGCGACUAUGAGCUGGGCAGAACAAAAGGACAGAGGCUUGUCUACAAGCGAAGACCCUCUCCCGUGCGUCCACAACUCAAAAGCUGAUCCGUUGAUCCGAAGCCGACCCCUCAGUGACAUCUACCCCUUUCAGAGUCAAGGUGACAGGAGUGCAGUCCCAUAUCUGGUGUCUGGAUGUGGCGCACAGGUACAGCCCGUGACCGCGGGUCCUCUCACUGAGGAGAACAAAUUGAACAGUAUCAACUCCUCUGCUUGGUCCAACCCUGUAAUAGGUCAACCUGAAGGAAAGCCUUACCCCUCAAGAAUCAUGAGGCUAUUUUCUAACUCGAGGAAGGGCCCUGUCCCUGCUCACAGUCCAACCACUGACAGUCCCACCUCAGUCGACAGCAACGACAGCAAUGGUGGCCCCCAGUCCUGGUCCGGACUUCCAGGACUGGGUGUUGUGGGCUCCUUCAAAAAGCUCCGCUCCUCUGUGCUUCAGGGUAUUCAGAGUAGAGGGGCAGCAAACCUCGAUGAGGAGUAUUUGCCUUCAUCAAAUCCGGAAAUGGUUAAUGGCACAAUUGUAGCCGACACUGACCCUGAUCUAGAUAAUGGAACAAAUCAUUUAAAAACAGCAGAGGGAUACAGUUUGUCGAAUGGAAAUAUCACUGUGCAUACGUUGGCUAUGGGGCAGUGCAGCUCAGAUGUUGAGGACUAUGAUGAUGAGGAAAACGAUGAAGGAGAUGGUCUCACACGGAACUCCCGAUUAUCCAGGAGUAUCAAGAGAGCGUAUGGGGCAGGACGCAUUUCAUUAUUUGACUUGGGGAGAGGAAGGGUUGCUGGAAGCAGCGCAAACGAAGCUGCUGACAGUCAGAAACCAGAUCAGACAUGCACGGUCAACGUCCAAACAAAAAGCACGAACCACAACACGAAUGUGAAGGUGUUGAACAGAAUGAGCAAAAGCGCAGACAACCUUCACAUAUUUAAGGCACCUUUCAGACGCAAAGCCCCAUCUCUAGGUCCUCAGUCUCCUCAGGAUGAGGCGCAGGGGACUAGCAUGUCAAAUGGGAAGCCAUACAUCCAGAGAACAGCCAGCGCCUCCUCAGUGGACCUGCGAGGUCAUGCUGUUAAUUACAAUAAGAACCCUGUGAAGACCAAGGCGCCGAUGCUGAAGCUGGUGGGCAGCAUGACCGACCUGACUGUCCGACGCAGGCGAAGUCCCUCCCCCAGCUCCACAUCUGCCAUGUCAUCCCUCUGCCGUCUCCAUGACGACUACUCCAGACGUGUGCCUUGCCCACAAACUAGUGAACGACAGCGCCGGCCUUCGCCGGUCAGAGCGCGAGUCAUGUCUGUCGAACACACACCACUGGUUCAUCACCAGCCUGAAGACGACAUAAACCCACAGCAGCACCGGGUUCUCAUCAGCCCAGUCUCUGUGGAUCCUCCAGAUUCAGCAGAGACUUCACCUGGUUCCUCUGGUCACUGUGAGCUGCAGGCUAUAGCAACAAGGGAACAGUUGGAGGAUUGUGAUUCAUCUCCACUCAGUCACAAAGAGACUUCAACACAAGAUGAGGAGAAGUCACUACAAUUCAAGGUGACAUCAGAAGUGCGAGAAGCAUUUCUCCAAGCAGAUGAAAUGUCUCCGACAACCAGCAGCAGCACACCUCCUAUCUCCCCGACAAGCCUCUCGGAGUCACCCACGUCUUCCGCGUCGUCCACAGAUGCAGCAGCGAUGACCACAGAAACGUCCUCUGUCAAAUCUAGGCGAAGGGCCGGGCGUUCGCGACCACGGCCUAUUUCUGACUACGGGCAACUUAUUUCCAGGAAGCACUCUAUUCCUGAGGAAGUGGCAGAGAUGCGUGCUGAGGAAAGGACAGAAAAUGCAUCACUGCAUAAAGAUUGCAGUGAUGACGACAUGUGUGUGAACAGAGAAAGCCCUGAGAACUCAAACAUGAAUGGGGACGGUCAGUGCAGGAGGUAUCGGCCCAUCUCGGUGAUAGGAGCCGGGGAUCUGUUCCCCCCUGAUGCUGAGGAGAAGGAAGACCGCCUUCCUUCUCCUGUGUCACGGCCGCCCAUCCCCUCCCACCAGGUCCCCCCCUACAGAGCGGUGUCUGCCAGGUUUCGCCCUUCAGCUCUUUCCCAGAGCACCCCCAUCGGACUGGAUCGCGUUGGACGGCGAAAGCUCCACAGAGUGCUCAGCGAUGGUGCGUCUGAGUGCUCGGCGACGCUUGAUGACAGCGUGAGUGAGGAGGAGGAGGGGGGCAGCUUUGAUGAGCUCACUGAUGCCACGCCCUACCUCCAGCCAGGGGUGGAGAUCUCCGUGCUAAACGAGUGGAUAAGCUCAGGCCACACGGUGUAUGCGGAGGCUCUCUGGGACCAUGUGACCAUGGAGGAGCAGGAGCUGGCCUUCAAGGCUGGAGAUGUUAUCCGUGUCCUGGAAGCCUCACACAAGGAUUGGUGGUGGGGCAGAGGCGCUGACAGGGAAGCCUGGUUCCCCUCCAGCUUUGUGAGAGUGCGAGUUAACCAGGAGGACUCGAGUGCAGACAGUGUGGAUAGUGUAGCGGACCAGGAGGAUCCGGCACCCAGGGACACGCACAGCGCUCAGCACAGGGAGCAGAUGAGAACCAAUGUUGUUCAGGAAAUCAUGAACACUGAGCGCAUCUACAUCAAGCACCUGAAAGACAUCUGUGAGGGUUACAUCCGCCAGUGCCGUAAACACCCGGAAAUGUUCACUGAGCUGCAGCUGAAGACCAUCUUCAGCAACAUAGAAGACAUCUACAGAUUUCAGAGGCAGUUUCUCAAAGACCUGGAGAAGAACUACAACAAAGACCAACCACAUCUCAGUGAAAUUGGCUCCUGCUUUCUCUUGCAGGAGGAGGGUUUUUCUAUAUACUCAGAGUACUGUAACACCCACCCAGUGGCCUGUGCUGAGCUGCAGCGCCUCAUGAAGUUGGGUCGAUUCAAACAUUUCUUUGAGGCCUGUCGGCUCCUCCAGCAGAUGAUCGACAUCUCCAUCGCCGGUUUCUUGCUCACGCCCGUCCAGAAGAUCUGUAAAUACCCGCUGCAGCUGGGAGAACUGCUCAAGUACACCCCAAAGGACCACAGUGACUUCAGCGGAGUGAGCAAAGCAUAUGACGCUAUGAAGAAUGUGGCCAGUUUGAUAAAUGAGAGUAAAAGACGACUGGAGAGUGUUGACACCAUCGCUCACUGGCAGGUCGCCAUUCUGCACUGGGAGGGACCUGACGUGCUGGAGCGCAGUUCAGAGCUCAUCCACUCCGGGGAGCUGGCUCGUGCCGUCCGACAAGGCAAAAUGCAGCAGCGCAGCUUCUUCCUGUUUGACCACCAGUUGGUCUUCUGCAAAAAAGACGUCCUGCGCAGAGACCUGCUCCACUACCGCGGACGGCUGGAUAUGGACCAGACCGAGGUAUUGGACAUGCCCGACGGCCGGGACCUAGACCUGGGCUUGACCCUACGGAACGCUCUGCGCCUGCGCGACGCCUCCACUCUGGAGUUUGUGUGUGUGCUGUGCUGCAGGAAGGCCCAGGACAAGCAGAGGUGGCUGGAGGCUUUUGCCAAGGAGAGACACAGAGUCAAGGAAGACCAAGAGAUGGGAAUGGAAAUCAGUGAGGAUCAAAGAAAACAGGCCAUUGUUAAUGCCAGAAGAGCCAAACAGGGAAAGAUCAAACCCAUCGGUUACUCUGGUUCUGUGCCACCCCACCACCCGCAAAACCUCCACCCGCUUCACCAGCGUCACGUCACCAUUCCAACCAGCGUGCCUCAGCAGCAGGUCUUCUCAUUGGCCGAGCCCCCGAAACGAAAGCCUUACCACCUGUUGUACAGCAUCACCCGCAACGCCUUUUUCAAGAAGUGAGGCUUCGCUCCCUCGUCCCUUCGUUUUGUUUCCUCUGUGCAUAAUCACAGCGUGCCCGAACCGUCCCGAAGACUCGAAGAACACUUUAUUUUUCCUUGUGUUUCCCGUCUGUGAAUGUACUUUCACGUUUGCUCUCUGUGCCUCAUAUGUCUUUCUCUAUAUGUGUGUUGUUGUUGCACGUUUGAGUUCAGUGCCUUUUCUGUGUAUGGGGCGUGACUUAAGUGUUAAAAUACUGACUGUUGGUGUGUUUAUGCUGCUCACUAAAGCUCAUGAUACCCCACCUCUUUGUCUUAUUAAUUCCCAGCUGCAGGAGUUUUUAUUUUAUUUUAAUAAUGACAACGAUGUAUCUUCUGCUUUUACAUUGACAAACAUGGUUGUAGGCUAUUUCACAAAGGCUGGACCCUUUUUUUUUGGUUUUGCUGUGAGCACAAACAGCCAGAGGAUCAAUUAACUAACACAUUCAUCAACCCGUUUAACACUGUAAAUAAAACUCUUGUACAAACAAAA